AUGGUUCAACCAGGAAUGCAAAGUAGCGAAGCAAAACUUAUUCUGUUCCUUCCCUACCCUCUCACGUUAAAACUUUGCAAAGGAGCCUUCCGCCCAGCAACAGAACCUUCCACCCAGCAACAGAACCUUCCACCCAGCAACAGAGCCUUCCGCCCAGCAACAGAGCCUUCCACCCAGCAACAGAACCUUCCGCCCAGCAACAGAACCUUCCGCCCAGCAACAGAACCUUCCGCCCAGCAACAGAACCUUCCGCCCAGCAACAGAACCUUCCGCCCAGCAACAGAACCUUCCACCCAGCAACAGUACCUUCCACCCAGCAACAGAACCUUCCACCCAGCAACAAAACCUUUCACCCAGCAACAGUACCUUCCACCCAGCAACAGAACCUUCCACCCAGCAACAGAGCCUUCCACCCAGCAACAGAACCUUCCACCCAGCAACAGAGCCUUCCGCCCAGCAACAGAACCUUCCACCCAGCAACAGUACCUUCCACCCAGCAACAGAACCUUCCACCCAGCAACAAAAUCUUCCAGCCAGCAACAGAACCUUUCACCCAGCAACAGAGCCUUCCACUCAGCAACAGAACCUUCCCCCCAGCAACAGAACCUUCCGCCCAGCAACAGAACCUUCCACCCAGCAACAGAACCUUCCGAAUGGCAUUAG